CCCCACCACACCUGCAACAACAUCAGCCGUGUCGACAGCACCUGCUUCUGCAGGUGGCACUUCCCCCACUUCCAGCCUAAGCAACACACCUCCCACAACUUCAGGGAUGAUCACAUCCCCAAUUGCAACCGACACCACUGUGGGAGGCCCAGGGGACACGUCCCCACCCGGCACAAGAACCAUCACUCCAGGCACCUCAUCAGUCUCAAGGACAACUGGACCAGGGCCCCGGUCAACCUCACCCUCUUCCGCCACCUCUGCUGAGGGGACAGCAGCAUCUUCUCAGGUCCACCAGACUCAGAGCAUGCAGACCACCAGGGGAACCCACAGCAGCGCCACCGCGGCUGUGAGCUCCUCGACACCUUUAUCUUCCACAAGUGGACACCCUCUUACAGAAGGCGCUUCCCGGGAGACAUCCCCCUCAGGGGAACCAACCUCUUCAUCCACGUCCAGACCCACCCCCACCACACCUGCAACAACAUCAGCCGUGUCGACAGCACCUGCUUCUGCAGGUGGCACUUCCCCCACUUCCAGCCUAAGCAACACACCUCCCACAACUUCAGGGAUGAUCACAUCCCCAAUUGCAACCGACACCACUGUGGGAGGCCCAGGGGACACGCCCCCACCCGGCACAAGAACCAUCACUCCAGGCACCUCAUCAGUCUCAAGGACAACUGGACCAGGGCCCCGGUCAACCUCACCCUCUUCCGCCACCUCUGCUGAGGGGACAGCAGCAUCUUCUCAGGUCCACCAGACUCAGAGCAUGCAGACCACCAGGGAAACCCACAGCAGCGCCACCGCGGCUGUGAGCUCCUCGACACCUUUAUCUUCCACAAGUGGACACCCUCUUACAGAAGGCGCUUCCCGGGAGACAUCCCCCUCAGGGGAACCAACCUCUUCAUCCACGUCCAGACCCACCCCCACCACACCGGCAACAACAUCAGCCGUGUCCACAGCACCUGCUUCUGCAGGUGGCACUUCCCCCACUUCCAGCCUAAGCAACACACCUCCAACAACUUCAGGGAUGAUCACAUCCCCAAUUGCAACCGACACCACUGUGGGAGGCCCAGGGGACACGUCCCCACCCGGCACAAGAACCAUCACUCCAGGCACCUCAUCAGUCUCAAGGACAACUGCACCAGGGCCCCGGUCAACCUCACCCUCUUCCGCCACCUCUGCUGAGGGGACAGCAGCAUCUUCUCAGGUCCACCAGACUCAGAGCAUGCAGACCACCAGGGAAACCCACAGCAGCGCCACCGCGGCUGUGAGCUCCUCGACACCUUUAUCUUCCACAAGUGGACACCCUCUUACAGAAGGCGCUUCCCGGGAGACAUCCCCCUCAGGCGAACCAACCUCUUCAUCCACGUCCAGACCCACCCCCACCACACCUGCAACAACAUCAGCCGUGUCGACAGCACCUGCUUCUGCAGGUGGCACUUCCCCCACUUCCAGCCUAAGCAACACACCUCCCACAACUUCAGGGAUGAUCACAUCCCCAAUUGCAACCGACACCACUGUGGGAGGCCCAGGGGACACGUCCCCACCCGGCACAAGAACCAUCACUCCAGGCACCUCAUCAGUCUCAAGGACAACUGCACCAGGGCCCCGGUCAACCUCACCCUCUUCCGCCACCUCUGCUGAGGGGACAGCAGCAUCUUCUCAGGUCCACCAGACUCAGAGCAUGCAGACCACCAGGGAAACCCACAGCAGCGCCACCGCGGCUGUGAGCUCCUCGACACCUUUAUCUUCCACAAGUGGACACCCUCUUACAGAAGUCGCUUCCCGGGAGACAUCCCCCUCAGGGGAACCAACCUCUUCAUCCACGUCCAGACCCACCCCCACCACACCUGCAACAACAUCAGCCGUGUCGACAGCACCUGCUUCUGCAGGUGGCACUUCCCCCACUUCCAGCCUAAGCAACACACCUCCCACAACUUCAGGGAUGAUCACAUCCCCAAUUGCAACCGACACCACUGUGGGAGGCCCAGGGGACACGUCCCCACCCGGCACAAGAACCAUCACUCCAGGCACCUCAUCAGUCUCAAGGACAACUGGACCAGGGCCCCGGUCAACCUCACCCUCUUCCGCCACCUCUGCUGAGGGGACAGCAGCAUCUUCUCAGGUCCACCAGACUCAGAGCAUGCAGACCACCAGGGAAACCCACAGCAGCGCCACCGCGGCUGUGAGCUCCUCGACACCUUUAUCUUCCACAAGUGGACACCCUCUUACAGAAGGCGCUUCCCGGGAGACAUCCCCCUCAGGCGAACCAACCUCUUCAUCCACGUCCAGACCCACCCCCACCACACCUGCAACAACAUCAGCCGUGUCGACAGCACCUGCUUCUGCAGGUGGCACUUCCCCCACUUCCAGCCUAAGCAACACACCUCCAACAACUUCAGGGAUGAUCACAUCCCCAAUUGCAACCGACACCACUGUGGGAGGCCCAGGGGACACGUCCCCACCCGGCACAAGAACCAUCACUCCAGGCACCUCAUCAGUCUCAAGGACAACUGCACCAGGGCCCCGGUCAACCUCACCCUCUUCCGCCACCUCUGCUGAGGGGACAGCAGCAUCUUCUCAGGUCCACCAGACUCAGAGCAUGCAGACCACCAGGGAAACCCACAGCAGCGCCACCGCGGCUGUGAGCUCCUUGACACCUUUAUCUUCCACAAGUGGACACCCUCUUACAGAAGGCGCUUCCCGGGAGACAUCCCCCUCAGGCGAACCAACCUCUUCAUCCACUUCCAGACCCACCCCCACCACACCUGCAACAACAUCAGCCGUGUCGACAGCACCUGCUUCUGCAGGUGGCACUUCCCCCACUUCCAGCCUAAGCAACACACCUCCCACAACUUCAGGGAUGAUCACAUCCCCAAUUGCAACCGACACCACUGUGGGAGGCCCAGGGGACACGUCCCCACCCGGCACAAGAACCAUCACUCCAGGCACCUCAUCAGUCUCAAGGACAACUGGACCAGGGCCCCGGUCAACCUCACCCUCUUCCGCCACCUCUGCUGAGGGGACAGCAGCAUCUUCUCAGGUCCACCAGACUCAGAGCAUGCAGACCACCAGGGAAACCCACAGCAGCGCCACCGCGGCUGUGAGCUCCUCGACACCUUUAUCUUCCACAAGUGGACACCCUCUUACAGAAGGCGCUUCCCAGGAGACAUCCCCUUCAGGUCACCCCACUUCUCUGUCUGUCAUGAGUCCUUUUCCCUCAUCCACUGUGUCCUCAAGAUCCACAGUGAAGGCUGCGACAUCAGGAACAAUCACCACCUUGCAGAAGACAGACAGCAAGAGAAGCACAGCAGCAUCUCUACCCUCAACCACCUCCCAGGCUCUUAGAACUUCUAUCUCUCACACUUCCACACGCACUAGCUCAACAGCUGCCCCAGUGCCUCCCAAGCCCAAGAAAGGCGUUCCCCUCUUCCCCUACGGGCCGCAGGCUGGAGACUGGCAGUUUGUCAGAAGGAUGGUGGACUUCACCUCGCCACUCUUCAAGCCCCAGAUUGGCUUCCCCCUCGGUUCCUCUCUCCGGGAUUGCCUCUACUUCACAGAUAACGGCCAAAUCAUUUUCCCAGAGUCAGAGUACCAGAUUUUCUCCUACUCCAACCCUCCCCUCAGAGGCUUUACAGGCCAGGACCCUGUGGCCCUGGUGGCUCCAUUCUGGGAUGAUGCUGAUUUCUCCAGGCAAGGAACCACGUUUUACCAGGAGUAUGAGACGCUCUAUGAUGAAUACAACCAGCUAGUGUGGGAGGUGGAGUAUUGGAUUAAAAUGUUAACAAACACCUGGAACUACAAAGCCAGGUGGACACUAAAGGUCACGUGGGUCCACGCCCCUGCCUAUCCUGCCCAGAAGACCCUCAGGACCAACACCUACCAGGCCAUCCUUUCCACGGAUGGGAGCAGGUCCUACGCCUUGUUUCUCUACCAAAGCGGUGGCAUGCAGUGGGAUGUGACCCAACACCUAGGCAACCCCGUCGUCAUGGGCUUCUCCAGUGGAGAUGGGUAUUUCAAAAAUAGCCCACUGACAUUGCAGCCAGUUUGGGAGAAGUAUCGUCCAGACCAGUUCCUGGAUCCCACAUCAGGCCUCCGGGGGCUGCAGAUCUAUAAGCUACACAAGGAAGACAAGCCCAACUAUCGUCUCUGGUGCCUGCGGUGGUUGAAGAGACAGUCUCACUGGUCCAGCUGGGGCUGGAACCAGGUCUCCUGCCCCUGCUCCUGGCAGCAGGGACUAUGGGACUUAAGAUUCCAGCCCAUCAACAUAGGCUGGUGGGGCAUCGUCAGCAGGCAGCUGUGCAGCUUCUCCUCCUGGCGUGGGAGCGUGUGCUGCAGCUACGGGCCCUGGGGAGAGCUUCUCGAAGGCUGGAGAGUGCAGAGUCCUUGGCAGUUUGACCAAGAACUGGAGCCCCAGAACUGGUGCUGCCGCUUCAAUGACAAGCCCUCCUUCUGCACCCUGUACGAGCUAAUGCGGCCCCGAAUCGGCUGCAGUGGGUACCAGCCCCCGAGGCCUGCCUGGAUGUUUGGGGAUCCCCACAUCACCACCUUGGAUGGUGCCAAUUACACCUUCAAUGGGCUGGGGGACUUCCUGCUGGUCCGGGCCCAGGACAGAAACUCCUCCUUCCAGCUGCAGGGUCGCACUGCCCAGACCCUCUCAGCCCGGGCCACCAACUUCAUUGCCUUUGCUGCAGAAUACAGCUCUAGCAGCCUGGACCCCAUCACGGUUCAAUGGCUCCUUGAGCCCAAUGACACAAUCCAGGUUCUGCUCAAUAACCAGACUGUAACAUUUGAGACUAACCGUGCAGGUGCCGAAGGCCAGGAGAUGUUCAACACCUCUGGAGUCAUAAUGAUCCGCAAUGGCUCCACGGUGUCAGCCAGCUUUGAUGGGGCAGUGACCAUCUCAGUGAUCGCUCUCGCCCAAAUCCUCCAUGCCUCCUGCGGCCUCCCAAAGGAGUAUCAGAACCACACAGAGGGCCUCAUGGGGUUCUGGAACGGCAACCCAGAUGAUGACUUCAGGAUGCCCAAUGGCUCUACUCUUUCCCCACGGAGCUCCGAGGAGACCCUUUUUCAGUAUGGAAUGACCUGGGAGAUCAACGGAACCAGCCUCCUUGGCAAGAGGAAUGACCAUGUGUCUUAUAACUUCACCCCUGUCUUCCUUUCACAACUUCGGGGAAACAAGUCCUUGAAUAAAAGUUUGACUUCCAAGUGUAAUGGAGAUGAACAAUGCAUCUAUGAUGCCCUGGCCACAGAAAAUGCAAACCUUGGAGAGCACACUAUGCGGCUCUUUCGAAGCUACCAGCAGAUGAAUGCUACCUUGAAUCAGUACCCGCCCUCCAUCAAGGGUCCUGAUGUGGUGAAAACCUAUAUGGGACAGGCCAGCCUUGUUAAUUACACCAGCAGCUCUGAGAACGUCACAUUCACUCUCAGACACAACUGCACUGACUUCAAUCUCUCUGAGAAUGGGACGUUGCUAUGGACACCACAGUCACUGGAACCAUGUCCUCUGGAGAUUCUGGCAAGAAGUGCCAAGGAUGACUUGUCAUCUGUACUCAAGCCAAGAAUGGUGGUCUGCACUUGCCAGGCAGAGAGCCAGUGUUUAUAUAACCAGAACGAUCGGGUGGGCAAUUCCUCCCUGGAGAUGGCCGGCUGCAAGUGUGACGGGAACACCUUUGGCCGCUACUGCAACCACUCCAAGGACCCCUGUGAUGAGCCGUGCUUCCCGAAUGUGAAGUGCAUUUCCGGGAAGGGCUGCGAGGCCUGCCCGACAACCCUGACUGGGGAUGGACGUCACUGUGCACCUCUCAACAGCUUUUUCAACUGUUGGAACAAGACCUGCCCUGAGAAUUACUGCUACAACCAGGGUCGCUGCUACAUCUCCCAGUCUCUGACCUGCGAGCCCGCCUGCACCUGCCCCCCAGCCUUCAUGGAAGACACCCGCUGCUUCCUGGCUGGAAAAAAUUUCACUCCAACCAUCCUUCCAGAGCUUCCCCCAAGGCUCAUCCAGCUCUUGCUCAGUGAAGAAGAAAAUGCCUCCCAAGCAGAUGUCAAUGCCACGGUGGCUUAUAGACUGGGGAACCUGGAUGUGCGGGCCUUUCUCCGGAACAGACAAGUGGAACGAGUUGAACUCCCAGCAAUACCGGCGUCAGGAAACUUCCUUCAAUACUGGAAAGUCAUCUCGGAGUUCCAGUACCGCCCUGGGGGCCCUGUCAUUGACUUCCUGAAUACCCGGCUGCUGGACGCAGUGGUGGAGGCAUUCUUAUCCCAGGCCUCACAGAGGAGAUGGAAGAGAAGUGAGGAGCCCAGGAACAACGUGGUCUUCCAACCCAUCUCCAGGAGAGAUGUGCUCAGUGUGAUGGCUGUGAAUGUGAGCACACUGAAAAAUUACUUCCAAUGUAACGGCUACAAGGACUACAACCUGGUUUUCAGCCCGGAGAGAGGCUUCACCUGUGUGUCCCCGUGCAGUAGGGGCUACUGUGAGAAUGGAGGCCGGUGCCAGCACCUACCCGAGGGGCCCCAAUGCAGCUGUGUGCCCUUUUCCAUCUACAUGCCCUGGGGCCAGCGCUGUGAGCACCUGAGCAUGAAACUUGGCGCCUUCUUCGGAAUCCUCUUUGGAGCUCUGGGCGCCCUCUUGCUGAUGGGGGUCGCCUUGUUCGUGUUCCUGCACUUCAGAUACUUCUCUGGGACCCAUUACUCCCUGGACGGAGACCUGAGGUCUGAAAGCUGAGGCCUUGCCCCACACAGGUGGCUCUGUCCUAGGAUACCUCAGGGCCCACCCCAGUCCACCCGCACACACUUUUUCAGGCACCUUGAUUUGGUCGAGAUUGGAAAGAGAAAAGUGACUGAUGGCAGUUCAGGGUUCUUCAAGAAGAAUGAAAAACAGGAAUAAAAACAGUCAUAAAAACAAGACCAUACCUUAUCAGUAUAAUAGACACAGGCUGACAGGAAGAGGCCAUAUAGGCCUGCUACAUAAAUGGUAGAUUCUCACACAGACACACAAAGAAGACACACCUACAGAACACGUAUGUACACACACCAGAGUUGAAGGGGUGAUGGCUCUAAAUUAAAAACCAGAAUACAUUUACACACAAAACUCUCUGGUUUACUUCUAAUUAAAGUCUAUUUAACUAAAAAU